AUGGAUACCUUGAUUGCAUCAGCUUCAAAAGAACUAACACAACAGUUAUCAGUAGAGAACCUGACUAUGUCUACAACGGCACAAUUAGACACGCAACUCACCUCAUGUCAACAAAGAAUACAUCAUACCCAUGAUACACUACGCCAAGUAAGCACCCGUUUUAUAAAAGCCAUAAGCUCAUGUUCCAAGAUGCAACAAGGCAUUGAAGACACAAACACAGUGCUGCAAGCAUUAAAAGAAAGAGAUCAAGCAUUAAAAGCUACUUUUGACAAGAUUGAUCAACUUGAAAGCAUUAUUGAUCGAGUAAAAGAAACUUAUCAUCAAGUAGCAAACAAUGUAGACAAGAUUGAAAAAGCAGUGUCAGCAAGUACACCUUUUCGACUGUCACAAAAGAAUACGCCUGUUCAACCCUACUUUCCACCACCAAAUCCAGUAGACAUGUUUGAUACCCAUACAUUGUUCAAGGAAGACCCAUGA